AUGAAACCUGUGGAUGAACAAGUUGGCAGUGCAGCAAGCAGAAGAAAAUUAGAAAAUAGUAAAAACAUUACUCCAAUCAUUGAAACCAUCCUAUUUUGUGGAAAUCAAGGUCUCGCUCUAAGAGGACAUAAGGAUUCGGGAAUAAUUUCUGAACAACCAGAUGAAACAACUGAUAUUGCAGGUAUAGAGCGAUUAUCGUUAUGCGUUCGAUAUGUCGAUAAAGAAAAUUUUAACGUCACCGAACAGUUUUUGCAAUUCAUUCCGGUGCAUGACUUAACCGGAAAAGCAAUAGCAUCAACAAUAUUAGACCAAUUACAGUCUAUGAAAGUUGAUAUGAAAAAGUUACGGGGACAGGGGUACGAUGGUGCUGCAUCAGUGAGUGUAAAAAUUAAUGGUGUACAAGCCCACGUAAGAAGUAUUGUCCCAUCAGCACUCUAUGUACAUUGCUCUGCUCAUAGCCUCAAUGUGGCUGCAUCAAAUGCAAGCGAAAUAACUGGCAUUAGAAAUUGCUUAGGGACAACUAAAACAUUAUACGACUUUUUAAAUACGCCAAAAAGACAGUAUGUCCUAUCUUCAGCAAUAGAGGAGAUGGAAACCAGCUCUAAGAGGGAGAAAAUUAAACAGCUAUGUGCAACCAGUUGGAUGGAAAGAUACGACUCAGUAACCGCUGUGGUGGAACUUUUCGAGCCUAUCGUUGAAACACUACAAAAAAUAUCAGAAUGGAAGGAUAAGGAAUCAGCUACCCAGGCUAAUUCUUUACUUUGCACAGUAUCUAAUUGCCAGUUCGUAAUAUCUUUUUUGUGCAUUUACAAAGUUUUCAUCAUAACAAUCCAUCUCUGUAGAUACCUACAAAAAACAAGCAUAGAUUUGACAGAGGCAGUGAGUCUUGCAGAAGAUGUCACUAAAGAUCUAAAAUUGAUGCGUGAAAAUGCCACUGAAACGUUCUCUGAAAUAUUCAGCUCUUUUUCUCUUAUGCUAACAAACAUUGGAUCUUCCACUUCCAUGCAAAUCCCUAGAAUGAUGGGAAGACAGAAAAAUCGCGAUAAUUUUCCUUCAUCGACACCGGAAACAUAUUUCAGAUGUCUUCUACCUGCCGAUCCUUUCAUUUGCCAACCUUCAAACAUAAAGGCUUUUGAAGCAUUAGUGGAAUUUUACGCUGGAGAUUUGGAUACCUGUAAAGAAAGCCUUAAGUCUGAACUAAAACUCUGGUAUAAAAGAUUAAAAAGGAUUAGUGAAGACGGAGGUAGUGUUCCAAAAACUGCGGCGGAUGCUCUUGGAAUGUGCAAUAAAGAUAUAACACCAAACAUUUUCAAACUCCUAGAAAUAUUGGUCGUUCUACCUGUUUCAACAAUUGCAAACGAAAGAUCCUUUUCGACUUUACGCCGUUUGAAGAUUUAUUUACGCAACUCAACGGAAAUAAUAGAAUGA